AAAAUAUUAAUCUUUUUUAGUAAAACUAAAAAAUUACACAUUAUUAAAUUCUGAUGCUGUUAAGUUUUAUUUUGACUUGACAUUUUUAAUAUUAUUUAACUUGAUUACUCAUAAAAAUGGCUAUAUCUUCUAAGUCGUCAACUGAAGCGAAUUCUUCUAGCUUUUUGAGGGCAGCUAGAGCUGGGAAUUUGGAAAAAGUUUUGGAAUUUUUGAAGGGUAUAUCUGGACCUGGAACAGCUAUAGACAUAAAUACAAGCAAUGCGAACGGAUUAAAUGCUCUUCAUUUGGCAUCUAAAGAAGGACACACUCAAAUGGUUGCCGAACUUUUAAAACGCGGAGCGAAUGUCAAUGCUGCUACCAAGAAAGGUAACACAGCAUUACACAUAGCCUCGCUAGCAGGGCAGUUUGAUAUAGUGAAAAUACUGAUCGAAAAUGGGGCUGACGUUAAUUCCCAAUCUCAAAACGGCUUCACACCAUUAUAUAUGGCCGCCCAGGAAAAUCAUGACUCUGUCGUUAGGUAUUUAGGGGAUAAUGGGGCUAAUCAAACUAUUACUACAGAGGACGGUUUCACUCCAUUAGCCGUCGCACUUCAACAAGGGCACGAUAAAGUGGUUGCAGUGCUGCUUGAAAAUGAAAAUAUCAAAGGAGCCCUUCCUGGAAAUGGUAAUAAAAACAACAUCGGCGGAGGCGUUAAAUUACCGGCCCUACACGUUGCCGCUAAAAAGGAUGACUGUAAAGCGGCAGAAUUGUUGCUGCAAAAUAGGUCUGAUCCUGACGUCACUUCGAAGAGUGGAUUUACUCCUCUUCACAUUGCAGCUCAUUAUGGAAAUCAAAAUAUUGGACAAUUAUUUAUCGACCAUGGAAGCAAUAUUAAUUUCAAAGCCAGGCACGACAUAACUCCUUUGCAUGUAGCAGCUCGAUGGGGAAAAGUAAAUAUGGUUGAAUUAUUAAUGAAAGCUGGUGCCGAUAUCAAUGCCAAAACAAGGGAUGGUCUAACACCUCUGCACUGCGCUUCUCGUAGUGGGCACGACAAUGUAGUUCAAGCUAUUUUAGACCAUUACAUAAAUCAACCUACUUAUAUCUCCCAAUUAGUUAAUUCUAAAACCAAAAAUGGGUUGUCUCCUCUCCACAUGGCCUCCCAAGGGGAUCAUGUCAAAUGCGCAGAAAUACUUCUAUUCAAUUGGUCACCCGUCGAUGAUAUUACAGUGGAUUAUUUGACGUCCUUACACAUUUGCGCGCAUUAUGGAAACAUCAAUACGGCGGAAUUGUUGCUCGAUAAUAAGGCGGAAGUCGAUGCCAGAGCUUUAAACGGUUUUACUCCACUUCACAUAGCUUGCAAGAAAAACCGGCUGAAAAUAGUGGAGGUUCUUCUCUCCCGGAACGCCACUAUAACCUGCACAACGGAGUCAGGCCUGACCCCUCUUCAUGUGGCUUGCUUUAUGGGUCAUAUGAACGUAGUCGUGUACUUACUUAACUAUCAACAGCAGCGCGUUGAUAGUGAAGAUGUUAUAGACGUCAAUGCCGCCACUAUUAGAGGCGAAACGGCUCUUCAUUUGGCAGCUCGAGCCAAUCAGACGGAUAUCAUGAGAAUUCUCUUGAGACACGGCGCUACGGUCGAUUGUCAAGCGAGGGAGAACCAGACCCCUCUUCACAUCGCCUCGCGGCUCGGUAACACAGACACCACUUGUCUCCUACUACAGCAUGGUGCUUCUGUUACGGCUUUAACGACAGAUGAUUACAGCCCCAUCCAUCUGGCUGUCAAGGAGGCUCAUCCCGAAACCCUCUCUGCCCUAUUAGAACGACUUCCACUUUACGAUCAUGUGUUAAAUGGGUUAUCAAAGAAAGGAUUUGCCCCACUUCAUUUGGCGGCUAGAGCGGCCGGUGAUCAGGCCUACCCCAUCGCUCGGAUACUCAUAGAUAAGGGAGCCGAGAUCGAUGUUAAAGGAAAGAACGACGUUACUCCAUUGCACGUGGCUACCCAUUAUGACAAGCCAGCCUUAGUUAGUCUACUUCUAGAACGUGGAGCCGAUCCUUUAGCCAAAGCCAACAAUGGUUACACUCCACUUCAUAUAGCGGCCAAGAAGAAUGAUACAAUCACCAUAGCUCAUAUGCUAGUAUCCGCCUUGCCUGGCUCAGAUAAGCAUAAAAAUGGGGUCGAUGCUAAAUCCCGAUCAGGUUUCACUCCAUUACACCUCGCCACUCAAGCGGGGAACGCUGACAUGACGGAGUUCUUGCUCAGAUGCGGAGCUGAUCCUCUGGCGGCAUCCAAUAAUGGUCUAACGGCAGCCCAUCUCACCGCUCAAUCCGACACUACCGAAUGUCUAGGCUUACUUUGCGACUCUGUGUCUCCUGAUUUAUUAGAUUCAUUGAUAAACGCCCGCACGGCAGCCGGUUAUAGCCCGCUUCACACAGCUUGUCAUUUUGGCCGUCUUCAGGCUGUUCGGUUUUUGCUGGAUCGAGGAGCAGACCCAGCUGCCAGAACUACAGCCUCUGGGUAUACUCCAUUGCAUCAAGCUGCCCAACAGGGCCAUUCAGCAGUUGUAUCUCUACUUCUCCAAAGACAUGCCUCGCCCGAUACCCUCACCAAUCAAGGUCAAACAGCUUUGUCGAUAGCUCAAAAAUUAGGCUACGUAUCUUUGAUUGAGACAUUGAAAGUUGUCACUGAAACAAUAGUAACUACCACCACGACAACUACAGUUGAAGAGAAAUACAAGGUUCUCACACCAGAGACUAUGCAGGAAAAUUAUAUGUCUGAAUCAGAGGACGAAGCAGAUUUAGAAAAAUCCUUUAAAUCCGAUUAUCUUCCAGCUUAUUGCCACUAUGAAGGUGGUUUGAAAGAUAUAAGUGGUGAUGAUACCAUACUAGGCGAUCAUUCUUAUAGGUAUUUAACAUCAGAGCAAAUGAAGUCGUUGGGAGAUGAUUCUAUUAAACUCCUAGACCAAGAACCCUCAUCUCGGCUCUCAAUUAUGGAACGAUCCCAGGGCCAAAGAUCGGAAUUUAGUCCUGAUUAUUGUGAACAAUACCAAGAAGAAGUUAUAUCUCCCACACAAUUGAUUAGAAGGGAAGAAGCCAAAGGCAGAGAAGCUUUUAUGGACCAUCCAAACGUUGUUAAGGUUGAUAAUGUUCCGCUACAUAAACCACCCCUUCAAAUCGGAAGACUCAAUUAUAAAAGAUUUUUGGUGAGUUUUAUGGUGGAUGCCAGGGGAGGUGCCAUGAGAGGAUGCAGACAUUCAGGUUUAAGGGUAAUUAUACCACCUCGCAAGGCAGCCACGCCCAUUAGAGUUACUUGUCGAUUUGUCAAACCCGAAAAAAUGGCGAAUUCUCCUCCACUUAUGGAAGGAGAAGGACUAGCGUGCAGAAUUUUGGAAUUAGGUCCAGCCGGAACCAAAUUUUUGGGACCAGUUAUUAUCGAAAUUCCACACUUUGCAUCCCUGAGAGGCAGCGAAAGAGAAAUAACAAUUUUACGUAGCGACAAUGGCGAAACCUGGAGGGAACACGUGUUGGAAGCCUCCGAAUCGGCUGUCCAAGAGGUCUUAAACGAGAGUUUUGAUGGAGAAGAUAGUUUAGACGACUUGCAAAGCAAUAGAAUAACUCGCAUCCUUACUAAUGAUUUUCCAUUGUAUUUUGCAAUUAUAUCUCGUAUUCACCAAGAGACUCAUAGUAUAGGACCCGAGGGGGGAAUUAUUAGUUCUACCAUCGUUCCUAUGGUUCAGGCCAUGUUUCCGGAAGGAGCGCUUACGAAAAGAAUCAGGAUUGGGCUUCAGGCCCAUCCUAUAUCGCCAGAAAUGGUUACCAAAAUGUUGGGUAACAGGGUUGCAGUAAGCCCAGUAGUUACUAUCGAACCCAGGCGGAGAAAAUUUCAUAAACCUAUAACCUUAACUAUACCAUUGCCCCAAGCCUCGAAUAAGGGUAUGAUCAAUCAAUACAAUUCAUCGAACGAUGCUCCUACUUUAAGACUACUGUGUAGCAUUACAGGUGGCAUUACUCCCGCUCAAUGGGAAGACAUAACUGGUUCAACGCCGUUAACUUUCGUAAAUAAUUAUGUAUCCUUUACCACCACAGUAUCUGCCAGAUUCUGGCUCAUGGAUUGUAGACAAGUUAAUGAUGCCACCAAAUUCGGCACAGAAGUGUACAAAGAGGCUACUCAUGUUCCUUACAUGGUUCGAAUGUUGGUUUUUGGCAAACGCCAAUCUAAUAAUGACAUAGAGGGUUACAUACGUGCUUUUGUCAUUACUGACGACAAAAUCGAUAAAACCCUAGAACAUCAAGAAAGAUUCAAGGAGAUCGCUCAGAGCAGGGAUGUCGAGGUCUUAGACAAUAAACCUAUAUUCUUGGAAACGAUGGGUAAUUUAAUACAAAUCACCAAAUCAGAUACCUCACGAUUUAUUGAAGAUAAUUUUAUGCCUCACGCCGCUUCACCGACUAACUUUUAUAAUUCAUAUCAUUCUAACAUCAACAUACCUAAUAGCGGGGAAGCAACAUCUCCUAUAUUCAAUUCUAAUUUGAAUGGCCUUUUAGCUCUUAAUACUAAUAUCCUAGCCCUGAAAUUUAAACCCUUCCAAGAGAAUAGAUUACCCUUUAAAGUCAGAAUAAAAGACCCUAAUCAAGAACCCAUAGGCCGAUUACUAUUUUUAGGUGAUCCGCCUUAUGCAACGCUCGUUAAACCCGCGGCCCACCCAAUAUGUACGCUGAACAUCGUUCUUCCAACUGAAUUUAAAGAGGAACGCAUGGAUGUUUUAUCGGAAAAAUCAAAUGGGGUUAAAUCGAUUCUAAAAAAUAUUGGAAUAGAGCGAGAAACUGUAUUUAGCCCCGAUUUAAUGGCGGAUAAUGUUUCUCAGUCGUUACAAGGCGAUUGGAUAAACUUAGCUCGUGAAUUGAAUUUUCCAAGUGAAGAUAUUCAGGAAAUCAAGAAAGAAUUUCCAGAUGAUGUAGGACAUCAGGCUAAAGCUAUGUUCUUAGUUUGGAAACGUAUGCAUUCCCAAGGUUCGGAUCAUGUCAAGCCAAUCAAGGAAAUGGAAUUGGCAUUGAAACGUAUAAAUAGGAAUGACAUUCUUACCUAUAAUCCUUGGCUAUCAAAACUAGAAUCUCAAAAACAUGGUAAUGGUAUAAAAUUGAAUCAUUCCUCUCCUAUCAAAUCCGUAGACACAAAAAAACAUCCCGAAGAUUUAGGUGAUUGGAAAUAUGACGCGAAACAAGAUUCACAUUUGCUUGACAUUCAUAACCAAAAAGAUAAACAUAUUUCACCUCAAAAUCAAUCGGAAGAUAUAUCACUUAACCAAGAUAAUAUUAGUAGUCCUGAAAUAAUACCAACCCAAGCACCAAGAAAUUUGCCUGAUAGAAUCAACAACCAAGAAAAAUUAUCCGAAGGACAAAAAAUUGAAACUCUUAAAAAGUUUGCAUCUGACACUGCCGAUUCCGGCCCUCAUUUUCAACCUAUAAAACCUUUAUCAGACUCGAACGUUUCUCUACACGGCGAUUCAUCUUUAGAAAGUGCUGACGAUAUAGAUGAAAACAGUCAUGUUAGAUCCACCAGCAACAAACUUAUUUCCCCGACGAUUAAAAACGACAAAAAAUCUUCUGGUUUUUUAAAAUCCACCCGUAAAUCUUUGCAGGGUAUCUUAAUCGGUCAUAGACACAAGAAAGAAGAGGAUGAUAUCUUAACCAGCGAUCAUAAGAAGGAAGAGUUGAGCGAAGAAUAUCUAGCUUCCCUAGGCACCCAGGAACGCAUCAAAUUUGAUGAUGAAGCUAUAGCAGCUCUGGCCGCCGGCAAAUUUAUUAGCUCGGACAUUAUAAAAGAUGCAGAGAUGAAAGCAGCUAGGGAAAUUGGGUAUCUAAGCCUAGGGGAAAGAAAACAUUCCUUAUCAUCGGGUAUCAUUAAGAAUGCUCGAAAAUCUAUAACCAAGUUUAUAACUUCCAUUGGCGAUCACGGAAACAAAGAAGGUGAUCAUCACGCCUCCCACCACACCAAAAAUAAGGGUGCCAACCUUUUAGACAAAGUCGAAAAUUCUUUCGAAAAAGUUGGACACUCGAUUCGUACGUCCAUAACUGAUAUCGGGGACAAAUUAACUGUUAAACCUAACGUAGGAACGGCUGCCGGUGUUGGGGCUCUAUUGCACACUGCCGCUCAUAAAGCUGAAAGAGAAACUUUAAAAGAUACCGGUGACAAAAUAGGCGAUGCGCUUAAGAUUAAAAUUCAUCAAAGAGAAGAACAUUUGGGGUUAGCUGGUAAAGCUUCUAAUGCUUUGGAAAAAUCGGCUCAUGACUUGAAAUCACAAUUUGAAGGUUUAGGCGAUAAAUUAAAAGGGCAAUAUUACAAGCCUUUUCCUGAAACCGAUAGUAUUGGUCACGAUGGCAAUGAUAUCAUUGAUAAGACAUCUCUUGCUAUCAAUAAAACCACCAAUUCUAUUGAAGCGUCCAUCGGUGAACUUGAAAACAAGUUGAAAUCUCACGUUGAGCCAACUUUAAAUAGAGAGCAUGGCACUGAUCCUAAUUUAACUCCUGAUGUUAACCUUGCAUCGCAUAAGCCAGAUGUAAUUGAUAAAACAUCUGUAACUAUAGAUAAAGCUCUUCAUUCAAUUAAAUCACCUAUUGACAAUACAGUAGAUAAAUUAAAAUGUCCUUUUGAGGGAAGAGGUGAUAUAAUUGAUAAGGCGUCCGCAACUAUAGAUAAAGAUGUCCAUGCAAUUAAAUCUAUUGACAAUACAGAAGAUAAAUUAAAAAAUCCUUUUGAGGGAAAAGGAGGUAUAAUUGAUAAAGCGUCCGCAACUAUAAAUAAAGCUGCCCAUGUUAUUACAUCUCCUAUUGACAAUAUAAAGGACAAGUUAAAAAGUCAAUUUGAAGAUGUGAAGCAACGUGACAAUGAAAUAUUUUCAGGUCAUUUUGAUUCACCCUAUAUUGUUGAUAAAGUAUCAGCAACAUUGAAUAAUACUUCCCACUCAAUUAAAUCAUUUGAAAAUAUAGAGGAUAAUUUGAAAAGUCCGGUUGAGGGAAAAAGCAAGCCUAAUGGAAUAUCCUCCGAUAUUGAUCUCCAUUUAAAUACACCUAAUACAUCUGAUAAAAUUUCUCACAAUAAUAAAUCUUUAUUUGAUGACAUUAGAUAUAAAAUCGAUGAUCAUAAUCUACCUGAAAAUGAGAAUUUGUCCAAACAUUUACCUACACCAAUCAACGAUAAUCAUUUAUUAAAUAAAGAUGUUGAUUCACUUAAAUCAUCCUUUGAAAAUUUGAAGAAUAAUGUGUCUUUAGAUCCCAAUCUUAAGCAAAAUGUUCCAGGAAAUGUUAGCGCUUUAAUCGAAAAAACAUCAACAUCAUUAGAUAAAGCAGCUGAAUCCAUCAAACAUUCAGUUGAGGAAAUGGGAAGUGAAAUAAAAAAUCCAACCGUCGAUGUAAAUAAUCAUUUAAAUUCUAAUAGCAAAUCAGGACUUUUAGGCAAAGUUUCAUCGACGUUCGACAAAACAAUUCACACUCUGGCAUCAUCUUUUGAUGAACUAGAAGAUAAAUUUAAACUAUCUCCAAAACAACCUCAAUCCCCUCAAAACGUCGCAACGAUGCAGGGUAGCAAAUUAUUGGAUACCACACCUUUACCAGGUCUGAGUACAUAUAAAGAAUCUCAUAGUGAUAUAAUUUCCCUAGCAAGAAAUUCCAUCCACAAUACCCUGCAUGGAUUCGCUAAAUUGAACCAACCCAAAAAAACUUUGUUCAGCGAAAAUAAUACUGAUUACGAUGUAACGGAUCAGGAACCUAAACUUAAUCCAUUGAAGUAUUCAUUAAAAGAUGAUUUAAAAUUUUUACCUUCUUCUAGAGAUAAAUCCGAGUAUAAUAAUGCACAUAAAACGAGUCUAAAAAGAUCCUCAAACCCAGUCAUCACUUCAAUUAAGGAGGCAAAUAAAUUCGCGGACAAAAAUCAACAUGUAAAUAAAAACAAACCAGUAACUUCUGCCAACGAAGAUGUGAUGAAUCGAGAUGAUAAAAUAGCUGCCAAUAAAAUCACACUGCUGUCGGCCGAAAUACCAAAAGACUAUUCAGCGUCUCAUCAAUUCGGGCAGGUUACGUCUCAAGCCCCACCUCCUGAUAACGAAAGCUAUGCCAUUCAUUCAGUUAGGCUUCCGUCUAAAAUACCUAAACCUCCCGGCUUAAUCCGUUUAUCGGAAGAUGAAAAAAUUAAAAUGUUAGGCCAGGUUUUGAUUGACACUGAUUCUCCUUUAUCGUCUUUCAACGGAUUAAUUAAUCGGUCUACUGAUAUGCCUUAUAAUGAAGGCAAAACUGCUCAAACGGAAUCUCUUAUUAAAAGUCAAAAUAGAAAUGUCGUACCACAAGUAUCUACAAAUGAAGUUACUAUUGAAUCGAAUGUAGAUCCCAAAACUCCGCAAUCUAGUCCAAAGACAGAACAUAAUGAUCUUCAUACAAUAACUUCUCCUCAUGAUGUGAAGGAAUUGGAGAAUGAGAUUCAAACUAAAUUCUUAUUACACUCAUCUCAUCCGAAGGAAGAUUCUGAAAGUCCACUAUCUGAUAGUUUAUUAGAGGGUAGGCGAAAAUUAUCAUCUCCCAGAUCAUCUCAUUUUACAUCUGCUGCCUCAGAAUCGAAUGAUCAAUCACCAACAUCACUCCAUGAGCGUGAGGGGGAAUCAAUUUCAAAGAAUCUUAAAAUAAUCAAAAGAUCAAAGACACAUACCGUAGUUAGGGAUGGACAAGAGGAGACUCAAACCAUUGAUGAGGUUUUGUAUGAUGAUGGUAGGGGAAACCCCAAGACAUUUGAAGAACUUGAUCCAGAACUUAAGGAACAAUUUUCUGGGCUUAUGGAAGAAACCAAUUUCAAAGAUCGGAUGAUUAAUCAAGAUUUGGUUAUAGAAGAAAUCAAAGAUAUUAAGCCUUAAGAUUCAGAAAUAUAAAAAUCUAAUUUAUUUUAUAAUUUUAAUAGAUUAUGUUUGCCAAUUAUUUAUAGCUUUUUAUUUGAUUUUAUAAAUAGCAUUUUUAUUUAACUAAACUCUAUGCCUGUUUAAAGAAAAGAUCAUUUUUAUACCCUGUAAUUUAGAAACACUUAGCUUACUUAUUAAUUCAAUAUAUAUUUUAAA